UCAAUUUGUUAAUUUAUUAAUUUUAAAUUAUUUUGCUGAUUAAUUUCGCCACCAAAAGUUGCAUAUGUGUUAAGAUUUAGUGUUUCGUGUGUGAAUUUUAUCAUGAUAUUCGCCUCCCGUUCGGUUAUAUUUUACUAAAAGGUUUUCAUGCUUCUUGUUGAUUUUUCGGAACGGUCGGAACGUCAAUACUCUGAUGGAAAUUUGAAUUAAUCACUCAUCAUCGUCGUCGUCGUCAUCAUCAUCAUCAUCACCACCACAUCAUGGCAUCCAUUAAUCCCGCAGGUCGUGGAAAUGUGUCGGUAACGAAUAUCAAUUGCCAGCAAAACAACUCGACAGACCCGUCGACGUCGUCGCAUGGCGUGGAUGUGAUAGUUGCGGCGGCAAAACAGGAAAACAGUGGCAGCAUUCGGAUAUCAGUGCCAAAAAUGGAGGAAUUCGAGGAGGAAAGUGAACUAGUGAAAAUUCAGGAAAAAAGUCAAGUUAACAUGCGUGAGCAACAACAAAAGCAAAACAACAAUCCGCGUCCAAUGUCGUGGGAAGGCGAACUCUCGGACAACGAUGAUGGCGCCAUGGAUGUCGAAAAUACCAUUAUAAAAGACGAAUCUCAGUCGGAGUCGAUAGAUUUGAGUGGAAGUGUCGUCAUGAAAGAGCCUCCAUUGUGUUUCAGUGACGCGGCUCCUGCAGCGGCGAUACAGACAAAAACGGAAAUGGACCCCAGUGUCAUGGGAAAAAUGAAUCAACACUUCUUGAACAACACUUCUAAGAAAUUGCCCGAUCUGUCUGCCGUCAAAUACGAGUUGGGUACGGUAUCGGAAGCGCUAGUUGCCAAUCAAUCGCCCUUACUGGUGCGUUCAAAAUCAAAUUUACUGCCAACGAACCCGAGUCCGGAUUCGGCAAUUCAUUCGCUGUACACUCAUAGUUCGCCGAGUCAAUCGCCGUUAACGUCGCGACACGCUGCUUACGGCACGUCUUUGAGCCGGAACAACAGCGAUGCUUCGUACAGCAGUUGUUAUAGCAGUCCAACGAAUUCGCCGAUUCAGGGACGUCAUCAUCAUCCAGCUGCCUACGGAAGUAUGCAACAUUCGUUGUACAAGCCACUUUUCGACAAUUCCAUGGGUGGAUCCGUAGAUAUGUCGGCGAAAUUCCAGCAGCAACAACAACAGCAGCAAUCGGAUAGCGAUCAAAUGGGAACAACGGGCGACCAAGACUCUGUGCCAUCUGCCGGAAUAUCGCGACAGCAACUCAUCAACAGUCCGUGUCCCAUUUGCGGCGACAAAAUUUCCGGUUUCCAUUACGGGAUUUUCUCGUGCGAAUCUUGCAAGGGAUUUUUCAAGCGUACCGUGCAAAAUCGCAAGAACUACGUUUGUCUACGAGGCGCAUCGUGCGUCGUUUCGAUCGCGACACGAAAAAAGUGCCCAGCCUGUCGCUUCGAAAAGUGCCUUAACAAGGGCAUGAAGCUCGAGGCAAUACGAGAAGAUCGAACGCGAGGCGGUCGUUCCACGUAUCAGUGCUCAUACAUACUGCCGAGCACACUUUUGGGUCCAUCAACGUCUGCUGCCAACGAUGCCGUCCACAAUAUGCAAAAUCACAACGUGCAAAAGCUCCAAGCGGAUGCCCUCAAGUACGGGGAAAAUGCGAACAACAAGCAAAUGUAUCCGCAUAACGUACGAAUUCCGACGUUACUGCAAGAAAUUAUGGAUGUGGAGCAUUUGUGGCAAUACAAUGAGCAGGAACUGCAACGGUUGAAUCAGACACCGCGAAAUGUCUCAACGGAGUCUCUUACGCGGAAUCCACUGCUUGCGAGUGCCGGUCUAAAUGGCGAAAAUUCCAGUCCUGACAUGAUUAUCACGUUGUGCAAUAUUGCGGAUCAUCGUUUGUACAAAAUUGUCAAGUGGUGCAAAAGUUUGCCGUUAUUCAAAAAUAUUUCGAUUGAUGAUCAAAUCUGUUUGCUGAUAAACUCGUGGUGUGAACUUUUGUUAUUUUCCUGUUGUUUCCGAUCGAUCGACUCUCCGGGUGAGAUAAAGAUCUCGUUAGGGAAAUCCAUUACACUGGAGCAAGCAAAGGCGAGCGGUUUGCAGGCAUGCAUUGAACGAAUGUUAAACUUGGCAGACCAUUUACGACGAUUGCAAGUUGAUAGAUACGAAUAUGUGGCAAUGAAAGUCAUCGUUUUACUUUCCUCAGACACAUCUGAACUUAAAGAACCCGAAAAAGUUCGUGCUAGUCAGGAAAAGGCUUUGCAGGCAUUACAGGCGUACACACUAGCACAGUAUUCUCAUAUACCAGCCAAAUUUGGUGAAUUACUUUUAAAAAUUCCAGAAUUACAGCGAACAUGCCAACUUGGAAAAGAAAUGUUAACGAUAAAGUCGAAGGAAGGCGAAGAGCCCAGUUUUAACUUAUUGAUGGAAUUACUGAGAGGAGAGCAUUAAUAAUAAUAAAAUACAGAUAAAAAUCGAUUGAAAUGGUGUAAAAACGUGAAAAAAACAGAAAGAAAUGAACUAAACGCAUAAAGAAACAAAUUUUCUUCGUAAAAAUCACAAAACGUUCCAUAUUUGAUAGAAAAAUUUUUACAAACAAACAAAAAAUAUACACUCAGUGCCUCCUAUACAGGUCUCUAGUUUGAGAAACAAAAAAAUUUAGACGAUUAAGGACCAUCAAUAUUGUAAACAAAAAAAAUGCCUUUUGUAAGAUCAAAACAAAUAAUACGUAUGUUAAUUGCAACAUAAGAACUUUACACAUAAGACUAAAAAAAAAAACAAAAUAAUAAUACAAGACUUCUAUUGAAAAAAAACAUAAAAAUAUUCGGCUUGGGUUGUAAAUAAAAAAAAACUCGAGAGAUUUUUUUUGUAUAGAAAAUUAAUCAUAACGUGACCCAGAUUUCGUACUUCAAAACUAGUGUUAAUUCUUUUAAUUUUUAAAUUUAAAUUGCUUUUAGAUGUAAUUCAAUUAAAUAAUUGACAUUUUAUUAAAUAUAUCGAAUAAUCGCAUCAACGGAUCGAUUCCUUUCGUCGGCUAAA